CCCGGAAUUCCCGGAUUCCCGCAGGUGGACGCUCCCCGCCGGGGCUGCCUGAUCCAGUUCGAGGACAAUUCCCAGUUCUUCGUGCUCUGGAAGGACAUCAGCCCCGCCGCCGUGCCCGGGGAGGAGCCCUCGUGCUGCGUCUGCGCCGGAAAUUCCCGAAACGCCGGAAAUUCCCUCGUUCGAUGCCGGAAGUGCGGCCACGCCUAUCACCAGCGCUGCCACGUGCCCCCUCCCCCCGGCGACGCCGGGCCCUGGAGCUGCCGCCGCUGCGUCUUUGCCGUGGCCACCAAGCGCGGGGGCGCGCUCCGGCGGGGCCCGCAGGCGCGGGCGAUGCUGCGGAUGAAGCCAGGAUUCCCGGUGUUUUUCCCGGUGUUGUUUCCCCAGCGCGGGGGCGCGCUCCGGCAGGGCCCGCAGGCGCGGGCGAUGCUGCGGAUGAAGCCGGGAUUCCCGGUGUUUUUCCCGCACUGCUACUGCUACUGCGGCGGGCCCGGACACUGGAACCUGAAGAUGCUGCAGUGCUGCCGCUGCUGGCAGUGGUUCCACGAGGCCUGCACCCAGUGCCUCUCCAAGCCGCUGCUCUACGGCGACAGGUUUUACGUCUUCGAGUGCAGCGUCUGCCGGGGGGGAGCCGAGAGCGUGCGGAGGCUGCCCCUGCGCUGGGUGGACGUGGCUCACCUCCUGCUCUACCACCUCAGCGUCUGCUGCAAGAAGAAAUAUUUCGAUUUGGAGCGGGAAAUUCUCCCCUUCGCCAAUUCCAACUGGGACGCGCUGCUGCUCGGCCCGCUUUCGGGCACGCCGAGGUCGGAGCGGCGCGGGCGCCUCCUGGGGGCCCUGAGCAGCCACAAGGACAGGUCAGGACCCCAAAAACGGGGGGAGGGACCCCAAAAACCCCAGAAAUUCCCCCAAAAACGAAACCGCGACCAG